CACAGACUGGUGAGCAGAGAUUGUGGAGUACAGAAUAGCCAGCACCCCUCUGGCAUAAGAUGCACAUUUUUCUGCUCUGAAGCUGGGAAUAAGAUGUUUUUGAGUUUUUACAACUUUAUGAAGAGACCCAUGGUGCUAUAAAGAAAUUUAUUGGGAAGUUUGAAGACAUUUCAAAUAACAGGUUGUUUUGGUUUUUAAGUAAAAGUGGGGAAGCAUUCUAUUUUGUGAAAGGAGGAAAGACUCAGACCAGAAAACUUGUAUGCUAUGGUUGACUGGUUUCCAGCUUCCGAGAAUCUUAUUUUCCGUGGUGUGAAACUUAUUCAGCAUCAGGAUAAGGGAUAACGACUCUAUGGAUAUACAGAAUCCUUCACCAUGGUAAAACUCGCUAACCCGCUGUAUACGGAGUGGAUUUUGGAGGCCAUCAAAAAAGUGAAGAAGCAGAAACAGCGUCCUUCAGAAGAAAGGAUAUGCAAUGCAGUGUCUUCAUCCCAUGGCUUGGAUCGUAAAACUGUUUUAGAACAAUUGGAGUUGAGUGUUAAAGAUGGAACAAUUUUAAAAGUCUCAAAUAAAGGACUCAAUUCCUAUAAAGAUCCUGAUAAUCCUGGGCGAAUAGCACUUCCUAAACCUCGAAACCAUGGGAAAUUGGAUAAUAAACAAAAUGUGGAUUGGAAUAAACUGGUCAAACGGGCAGUUGAGGGCUUGGCAGAGUCUGGUGGCUCAACUUUGAAAAGUAUCGAACGUUUUUUGAAAGGUCAGAAGGAUGUGUCUGCAUUAUUUGGAGGCAGUUCUGCCUCUGGUUUUCACCAGCAGUUACGAUUGGCCAUCAAACGCGCCGUUGGCCACGGCAGACUCCUUAAAGAUGGACCUCUGUAUCGGCUCAACACUAAAGCAACCAAUGUGGAUGGGAAAGAGAGUUGUGAGUCUCUUUCCUGUUUACCUCCAGUGUCACUCCUUCCACAUGAAAAGGAUAAG